AUGGCGCUAAACAUCAUCGUCAAGAACACCACGGGCACCCGCUUCGAAAUGCAGAUUUCCUCGCUCGCCGAGACUGUUGCCGACUUCAAGGUCCGUCUGGCCACCUCAACAGGCAUCCCCGCCGCCUCGCAGCGCCUAAUUUUCCGCGGUCACAUCCUCAAAGACGCCCAAACUUUCGAGCAGAUUAAGGCCAAGCACGGCCUGGAGUCUGGCCAGAGCAUGCAUGUCGUCCCGUCCCCGUCUUCCGCUCCCUCUGCGUCCGCCAACGCGACACCCUCCACCCCGACCGCACCGUCGAGUAACCAAACAAACGCCGCCCCGGCACCGCAACUCCCCACCGGCAUGCCCAACAUGGCUGAGAUGCAGCAGCAGCUGUUGCAGAACCCAGAGCAAAUGCAAGCCAUGAUGAACUCCCCCCUCAUGGAAAACAUUAUGAACAACCCGCAGGUCGCACGCAGUUUGAUGAUGGCCAAUCCCCAGAUGAGAGACCUGCUCGACAGAAAUCCAGAGCUGGCACACGUCUUUAAUGAUCCGGCUACGUUUCGCCAGAUGAUGCAAAUGGCAAGAAAUCCCUCACUCAUGAACGAGAUGAUGAGGAACACGGAUAGGCAGAUGGCCAAUAUUGAAAUGAUGCCGGGCGGCUUUGAUGCGCUGCGUCGCAUGCACGAAAACAUCCAGGCCCCUUUGAUGGACGCUACUCAGGGCUUCAACCCAGGCAACCAAACAAACGCGAAUCGCCCCAAUGCCGCGGAUGACAACCCUUUUGCAUCGCUAUUCCAGCAGAAUACCCCGUCGAAUACGCCGAUGCCCAACCCAUGGGCCCCAAACAAUGGCGUCCAACCUAAUGCCGCCCCGCGAGCUCAGCCCACUAUGAACACCGGCGCCACAGCUGGGACUGCCAACGGUAACGCUUUUGCGCAAUUGUUUCAAGGUGUGGGCGGAGCGGACAACGGCGCUGCGGGUGGUACGCCGGGGGUUAUGCCCGGCUUUCCUGGUAUGGGAAUGGGCACCGGAGGGAUGCCGGGUUUGCCGCCAGGAAUGGACAUAGAACAGCUCACCCAAUUGAUGGAGAACCCUAUGAUGCAACAGAUGAUGGAUAGUUUGCUGAGCAAUCCGCAAACCCUGCAAGCCAUGAUCAACAGCGACCCCUCCAUGCGCGCCGCGAUGGAAAACAACCCGCAAAUGGCCCAAGUCCUUCAAAACCCGGAGAUGUUGCGGACCAUGAUGAACCCCGAGGUUAUGAGAAGCAUGCGGCAGCUGCAAAAUGCUUUCGGUGGUAUGGGCAUGGGAGCGACGCCCGGCGCAACGCCCACUCCACCGGGGACGGGCGCUGGUCAGACGCCCAACACGGGUCAGACGCCAUCCCCCACACCACAAGCGACUGGAGGCAUGGAUGCGGGGGCGCAGAUGAAUGGCUUUAUGGCGAUGAUGAACGCCAUGGCAGCUGGAGGGGCACCGGGGGCCAACACCGCGCAACCACAGAUGACGCAGGAACAGCUUGAGGAAAUGUAUAGUACCCAGCUUCAGCAGCUCCGGGAUAUGGGCUUCUUGGACAAGUCCAUGUGCCUCCAAGCACUCCAACAAUCACGGGGCAACGUCUCGGCAGCGAUCGAAAAUCUUCUCAGCAGGUUUGGAGGGUAGACAACCGUUUGGCGUAUUAAACUAGCAACAAUUUGCCAUUGCCA